AAAAGUUUUUUUUUUUAAUGAGUGUGAUGAUACUCGAUUUUAAAUUAAUCAAAAUUUAAUAUGAUUACUUAAUAUUAACAGCACAAUAAAAAAAAAAAAGUAUCAUUUAGUCAAAGUACCACUAAAUAGCCAGGCAAGGCUUACAAAAGAGAGGUUGUGGUUGAUUUUGACGUAAUCCUGAGAAUGGAACGACGGCAGGAAAGGGAGGUGCAAUGAAACAGUUUGAAACUUUGAAUGCCGUGCAUCUGAUUAUGGAUUGAUGAAGAUAGACGAGACAGGGCGCAUCGUCCAGUUUGCCGAGAAAUCCAAGGGCUCUGAUCUGAAAGCUAUGCAAGUUGAUACGACUCUUUUAGGGUUAUCCAAGCAAGAUGCUACAAAAUUUCAAUACAUUGCUUCAAUGGGUGUCUAUGUUUUUAGAAUUGAUGUCCUACUAAAGCUUCUGAAGUGGAGCUACCCAUCAUGCAAUGACUUCGGCUCCGAGAUUAUUCCAUCGGCCCUGAAUAGCGAUAAUAGCGAAAAAACUAAUCAUGUCCUACAAAACUCCUCGAUUCUAUUUUAUGAAUUUCUUCAUUCUCCCUUGAUUAAUGCCUUAAAAAACGGUCUCAGUAGUCAACUCCUUCUUAAAUAGCCUUGGGUUUGAGUUCAUUACAUUCAGGUAAAAUAGAUUAAAAAAGUAAAC